AUGCAUGGUGGAUUUAAUAGUAAAAAACUUGAAUAAGAAUAUAUUUCUGUAGUCAAUAAAAUGACAAUCUUGCUGAUUGAUUAGUUAUCAUUACAACUUCAACUUAGUAAAAUAGAUUAAAUUACAAAUAAACAAUUUUUUGAUAAACAAUUCACUAAGUUGUUAAAUUCCAUUAAGUCACUAGAGAAUCAAAAGAGAUUGCCACCUAAAUUCAGCAAUCUCUUGUAACCACUAUAAUUUGUUAUUCAAAACAAAGCCAAUUAGAUGACGUCGAAUGAGUAAGUAACAAAUGCGAAGCCUAAAUACAUUCCCCCCAUCUUGGAGCAAGAUGUUUAAUAUUCCACUCAAUUUACAAAGCGUUAUAGCAAUACUCAAAGAUAAAUUCAAUAUAUAAAUCAGACACAAAAAAAGAAGAACUUCUCUCCCAAUAAAAUCAAUAGAGUAUGCAAGUACUUGGACUAGAAGAAGACGAGACCUAUGAAUUAUAACAUAGGAGAAUUCUACGCUGACUUUUAAAAUGACUCAUAAAUAGUAGGGAAGAAUAAACUAUUGGAUUAUAAGUUGCAAUCCUCUGAAUUAAACAAAAUUGCGAAAACAUCUCUAAGUGUUGAUACUUCUUAGCUUUAAGAAAUCUCUAGAUUUUCAAAUUUUCACGAACAGUAUUGA